AUACCGAUUAGUGUAAAACUUGGUCUCUGAUUGAUUUUUUAGUGGAAAGAAAUGAAUUUCAACCGAAAUGAAAAACAAUCAGAUUUCUAUAGCAAAUAAUUCAGUUUUGGGCUGCUCAAAUUAUGUCAAAAAUCGAAACCAGACUCCGAACGGGGUCCAGGCAUACAUCCACUUGCCUGAGAGCUGGGCACGCAGCUCAUCAAGCUCAAUGCCUCCAGGUGCCAGGCGGUCGACUACAAGGCUCCAGCAGUCUGUGUACAGCCCCCUUCACCCUGGCAGAAGCGCCAAGAUGGCCUUUCCAAGCAGUGCCGCUUUAAGAUGGCCAAGGCCAACAGCCUGUUGCCACUUCGCUGCCAAGGGGCAGCUUACGACGUCGUGGUGGCGCCAACUUGGAGCAACGGUAUCCAGAUACAUCACAGAUUCUGCCUUGCACAGAGACCUCCAAAUGGAGACUGUAGACAGGCAAGUCGAAGCAUUCAAGAGACCCAGCUGGAAGGUGUGCAGUCAGGUGGCUCAAGAGAAGAGCCUUCAAGGAUCUGCUCCAGCCAGGACAAAGAAGACGCCCGCACGAGACAGAAGAAGACACCUUUGACGUUUUUCCACGAAUAUCCUAUUUCUAUAUAUCAAAAUAUCGGUUCCCUCAAACGCGGUCAUAUUCUAUAGCAUAAAUACCAUCAUCUACACAAA